GCCCUUCUUCCCUAAAAUUUCAGGCGACCUUCCAUUUUCUCCUUCCCUCUGUUCACCUCCCUAAACUUUUCUCAAGAAAUAGCUUAAACCCUGCCUCCCCAGCCUCCUAGCCUGAAGAGAAAUCAAGCUUCAAAAUCUCUCGUAUUUUUGACACAAAAAGGAGGGAAAGAAAAAAAAAAACAACCAUGACUUCCACAAACACCCAACCUUCUUCUUCUUCUUCUAAAUCCACCCAUCAAUUCAGUACUUAUGAAGUCUUCUUGAGUUUCAGAGGAGAAGAUACCCGCUAUGGUUUCAUAGAUCAUCUUUAUGAGGCGUUGAUUUCCCAUGGAAUUUGCACCUUUAGGGAUGAUGUUGAACUUGAGAGAGGAGGCGUAAUUGCGUCUGAGCUCCUGCAUGCUAUUGAAGAAUCAAAUAUUUUUGUUAUCAUUUUUUCGGAGAACUAUGCUGCCUCUAGGUGGUGUCUAGAUGAACUCGUGAAGAUCAAUGAGUGCAAGGUAACAAAGCAGCGACUAAUUCUGCCGAUUUUCUACCAUGUGGAUCCAUCAGAAGUGCGAAAACAAACAGGGAGUUAUGGAGAAGCAUUAGCAGAUCACGGAGAAGAAGCAAACCAAGAGAAGAAAGAAAAGAUACAAAAGUGGAGAGCUGCCUUGACAGAAGCAGCCAAUCUAGCUGGAUAUGUUUUGCAGAAAUAUGGAUAUGAGGCAAGACUUAUUAAGGAAAUUACUUAUGACAUCCUCACAAAAUUGAAUCGUAAGCUCUUAUAUGUUGGCGAGAAUAUAGUUGGAAUGGAUUUUCGUUUGGAGCAAUUGAAAUCAUUUAUAAACAUUGAAUCAAAUGAUGUUCGCAUGGUUGGAAUUUAUGGACUUGGUGGAAUUGGUAAGACCACAAUCUCCAAAGUUAUUUAUAAUAAUAUCUCACAUCAAUUUGAGAGUAGUAUCUUUCUUGAAAAUGUUAGAGAAAGAUCCAACGACCACUCAAGUUUGCUUCAAUUACAGAAAGAACUUCUUAAUGGUGUUGUAAAGGAAAAAAUUCCAGACAUAAGUAAUGUUCAUGAGGGGGUUAAUGUGAUAAGAAACAGGUUUGGCUCAAAAAAGGUUCUUGUAAUUCUUGAUGAUGUGGAUAAAUUGGAGCAAUUGAAAUUUUUAGCUGGAAAGCAUGACUGGUUUGGUGUUGGAAGUCGAAUAAUCAUAACAUCUAGAAAUCAGCAUUGGCUAAUUGCUCAUGGAGUAGAUGCAUCAUAUGAAGUUGAGGCGCUAAACUACAAGGAAUCCAUUCAACUUUUUUGUCGACAUGCCUUUAAGCAAACUGUUCCUAAAAAUAAUUAUGUAGACCUCUCGGAUCAUGUGGUAGAUUAUGUGAAAGGCCUACCAUUAGCUCUUGAAGUUUUGGGUUCUUUUCUUUUUAGUAAAAGUGUAUUUGAGUGGGAAAGUACACUACAAAAAUUGAAAAGAAAACCCAACAUGGAAGUCCAAAAUGUGCUUAGGAUAAGCUUUGAUGGACUAGAUGAGAUAGAGCAAGAAAUAUUCCUUGAUGUUGCAUGCUUCUUCAAAGGAUGGAAUAAAAAUGAUGUAGUAAGACUAGUAGAGCAUGCACUGAUUGGAAUAAGAGUUCUUAGUGACAAAUGUCUCAUAACCCUUUUUGGUAACACCAUAAGUAUGCAUGAUUUGGUACAAGAAAUGGGUAGAGAAAUUGUUCGCCAUGAACAUCCUAAAGAGCCUGGAAAAUGGAGCAGACUAUGGGACCCUGAGGAUAUUUGCCGUAUAUUGAGAAAAAAAACGGGUACGGAAGCAAUUGAAGGGAUAUUUCUAGACAUGUCUAGAUCAAGAGAAAUCUCAUUCACUACCGAAGCUUUCAAAAGGAUGGAGAGACUUAGAUUGCUCAAAGUUUACUGGAGUUGUGAUUUUGUUCAUUAUAUGGGAAAAGAGUAUCAAAAGCCUAUCCUUCCUAAAGACUUUGAAUUUCCUUCACAUGAUUUAAGAUAUCUUCAUUGGGAAGGAUACUCUUUGAAAUCCUUGCCUGCAAAUUUUGAUGGACAGAACCUCAUUGAACUCAACUUGAAGCAGAGCAGUAUAGAACAACUUUGGCAAGGGAAAAAGGAUCUUGAAGAGUUAAAGAUCUUGAAUUUAUCAAAAUCUCAUCAGCUCAAUAAAAUACCACACUUCUUAAAUAUGUUAAAUCUGGAGCAACUAAAUCUUGAACUUUGCGGAAGUGUAGACAAGGUUGACUCAUCGAUUGGUUUCCUAAAGAAGCUUACUUUCUUGAAUUUAAGGGGGUGCGCAAUGAUUAGGAGCUUGCCAAGUACCAUUAAGUUCUUGGCCUCUCUUGAAAGGCUUUAUUUAGAUGGUACUGCUAUUCAAGACUUACCCUUCGCAAUACAUCAUCUCACCCUACUCCGUUUGCUAUCUACUAGAGAUUGCAAGAAUUUGAGAAGUCUUCCGAGGAGCAUUUGUAAAUUGAAAUCUCUUGAAUAUAUUUAUCUUAGUGGAUGUUCAAACCUAGAGAUUUUUCCAGAAAUCAUGGAGGAUAUGGAAUGCUUAAAGGAGCUUGAUUUAAGUGGUACUCAUAUACAAGAGCUUCCAUCAUCAAUUGAAUAUGUAAUUCAUCUCACUUCUUUAAGGUUGAGGGAUUGCAAAAAAUUGAGGAGUCUUACGAGCAGCAUUUGUAGGUUGAAAUCUCUUGAAGAACUUGAUCUCUAUGGUUGUUCAAACUUGGAGACUUUUCCCGAAAUCAUGGAGGAUAUGGAAUGCUUAAAGAAGCUUGAUUUAAGUGGCACAUGUAUAAAAGAGAUUCCAUCAUCAGUUGAAUAUAUAAGUCAUCUCACCUUUUUGAGGUUGGCAGAGUGCAAAAACUUGACGAGUCUUCCGAGCAGCAUUUGUAGGUUAAAAUACCUUAAAGACCUUAAUCUUUUUGGUUGUUCAAACUUCAAGGCUUUUCCGGAAAUCAUGGAGGAUAUGAAAUGCUUAAAGAUGAUUGAUUUAAGUGGAACGGGUAUAAAAGGGCUCCCAUCAUCAAUUGAAUGUCUAAAUCAUCUCACUUCUUUGAGGCUUGUGAGGUGUAAAAAUUUGAGAAGUCUUCCGAACAACAUUUGUAGGUUGAAAUCCCUUAAAGAACUUCAUCUUUAUGGUUGUUCAAACUUGGAGGCUUUUCCGGAAAUCAUGGAGAAUAUGGAAUGCUUAAAUAUGCUUGAUUUAAGUGGAACAGGUAUAAAAGAGCUUCCAUCAUCAAUUAGAUAUCUCAAUCAUCUCAAUUCUUUGAGGUUGGUGGAGUGUGAAAACUUUAGGAGUCUUCCGGGCAACGUUUAUAGGUUGAAAUACCUUAAAGACCUUGAUCUCUAUGGUUGUUCAAACUUAGAGACUUUUCCGGAAAUCAUGGAGAAUAUGGAAUUCUUAAAGGAGCUUGAUUUCAGUGAAACGGGCAUAAAAGAUCUUCCAUCAUCAAUUGGAUAUCUAAAUAAUCUCACUUUUUUACGGUUGGUGGAGUGCAAAAACUUGAGGAGUCUUCCAACCAGCAUUUGUAGGUUGAAAUCCCUUAUAUUUAUCUUUUUAAAUGGUUGUUCAAACUUGGAGACUUUUCCGGAAAUCAUGGAGGAUAUGGAAUGCUUAAAAAUGCUUGAUUUAAGUGGAACGGGUGUAAAAGAGCUUCCAUCAUCAAUUGAAUAUCUAAGUCAUCUCACUGAUUUGAGGUUGGUGGAGUGCAAAAACUUGAGAAGUCUUCCGAGCAGCAUUUGUAGGUUGAAAUCCCUUGAAGAACUUAAUCUCUGUGGUUGUUCAAAUUUGGAGACUUUUCCAGAAAUCAUGGAGGACAUGGAAUGCUUAAUGAAGCUUGAUUUGAGCGGAACGUGUAUAAAAGAGCUUCCAUCAUCAAUUGAAUAUAUAAAUCAUUUAACUUCUUUGAGGAUGGUGGAGUGCGAAAACUUAAGGAGUCUUCCGAGCAGCAUUUGUAGGUUGAAAUCCCUUGAAGAACUUAAUCUGUGUGGUUGUUCAAAGUUGGAGACUUUUCCAGAAAUCAUGGAGGACAUGGAAUGCUUAAUGGAGCUUGAUUUGAGUGGAACGUGUAUAAAAGAGCUUCCAUCGUCAAUUGAAUAUAUAAAUCAUCUAACUUCUUUGAGGAUGGUGGAGUGCGAAAACUUGAGGAGUCUUCCGAGCAGCAUUUGUAGGUUGAAAUCCCUUGAAGAACUUAAUCUGUGUGGUUGUUCAAACUUGGAGACUUUUCCGGAAAUCAUGGAGGACAUGGAAUGCUUAAUGGAGCUUGAUUUGAGUGGAACGUGUAUAAAAGAGCUUCCAUCGUCAAUUGAAUAUAUAAAUUAUCUAACUUCUUUGAGGAUGGUGGAGUGCAAAAACUUGAGGAGUCUUCCGAGCAGCAUAUGUAGGUUGAAAUCCCUUAAAGAACUUAAUCUUUGUGGUUGUUCAAAUUUGGAGAGUUUUCCGGAAAUCAUGGAGGACAUGGAAUGCUUAAUGGAGCUUGAUUUAAGUGGAACAUGCAUAAAAGAGCUUCCAUCAUCAAUUGAAUAUAUAAAUCAUCUCACUUCUCUGAGGUUGGUUGAGUGCAGAAAAUUGAGGAGUCUGACGAGCAACAUUUGUAGGUUGAAAUCCCUUAAAUAUCUAUUUCUAAGAGGUUGUUCAAACUUGGAGACUUUUCCGGAAAUCAUGGAGGAUAUGGAAUGCUUAGUGGAGCUUGAUUUAAAAGGAACAUGUAUAAAAGAGCUUCCGUUGUCAUUUGAAUAUCUAAAUCAUCUCACAUAUUUGUCGUUACAGUAUUGUCAAAAUUUGAGGAGUCUUUCAAGCAGCAUUUGUAGGUUGAAAUCCCUUGAAUACGUCAAUCUCUAUGGUUGUUCAAACUUGGAAAAUUUUCCGGAAAUCAUGGAGGGUAUGGAGUGCUUAAAGAAUCUUGAUUUAAGUGGAACAGGUAUAAAUGGACUUCCAUCAUCAAUUGAAUAUCUAAAUCAUCUCACUUCUAUGAGGUUGGUAGAGUGCGAAACCUUAAGAAGUCUUCCGAGCAGCAUUUGUAGGUUGAAAUCCCUUGAAUACCUCAAUCUCUAUGGUUGUUCAAACUUGGAGAUUUUUCCGGAAAUCAUGGAGGAUAUGGAAUGCUUAAAGAAUCUUGAUUUAAGUGGAACGGGCAUAAAAGAGCUUUCAUCAUCAAUUGGAUAUUUAAAUCAUCUUACUUCUUUGCGUUUGAAGCAGUGCAAAAACUUGAGGAGUCUUCCAAGCAACAUUUGUAGGUUGAAAUCACUUACAAAGCUCUGUCUCAGUGGCUGUCCAAACAUAGUCACAGAGGACAUGGAAAAUUUAAGAAAUCUUGGUUUAUCAGAAACUCAGAAUCUGAUGGAUGGAGUAACUCCAAACGAUUUAUGGUGCCUAUCCUCACUGGUAGAAUUAGAUCUAAGCAAAAACAAUAUUCGUCACAUACCUGCUGCUAUUACCCAACUUCGUAGUCUGGAACACCUUAAUAUCAGUCACUGCAAGAUGCUUGAAGAAAUUCCAGAGCUUCCAUCAAGUGUAAGAGAAAUAGAUGCUCAUGGUUGCACAAGCCUGGGAACUUUAUCAGAUGCAUCAAGUCUUCUCUGGUCUUCUCUCCUCAAAUGGUUCAAGAAAGUUGAGCCUCCUUUGGAAUGGGGAAGUAUUAAUCUUGACAGCAAUGGAAUUCCAGGGUGGGUAUUGCAUCAGGAAAUGGGAAGCAAAAUAAGAAUAGAGCUUCCUAUGAAUUGGUAUCAAGAUGACCACUUCUUGGGAUUUGGAUUUUUCUGUCUUUAUCAACCAGACAUGGAUUUAAAUUCAUCUUUGAAAUUUGAUGAAGAAGCAUAUGAUUACAUGGGUGCUCCCUGGUGUGAAUGCUACUGGAUUCAUGGUAGUGAAUCAGAGGAAGUGUGGGUGGUGUACUAUCCUAAGAUUUCUAUUGGGGACCAGUUCCACUCCAAUCAAUAUAUGCACCUUCAGGCUUCAUUUGAUAUUUCUAUUCUUGGUUGUUCCAAGAAUAUCAAAAGUUGCGGGAUCCAUCUUAUAUACUCUCAAGAUCUUCAGCACAAUCACAUCUCGUUGGAUGAUGAACACAACCAUAUGCCCAUGUCCUUGAAUCUUCUUGAGAAUUCUGGUGACAAUAGAUCAACAGCAAAACAUGAAAAAUUGAGAGAAGUCAUCACCAACUACAUCUCAAUCACCAACAGAUCAACAGAUCAACAGAUCAACAACAACAAAACCUAUCUCAAACCUGUCUCAACUUAUAAACUCAAUCACCAGAAUUUUCUAGAACUUUCCUUCCAAUCUUGAAUUUGAAGAAGAAUUCGAGCCACAUGUCUCUCAUUUUCUUCAAAUUCCUCAAAGGAAUUAAAGAGAAGUGUGUAUAAUGGAUGAGCAUUUGCAGUCUCAAAGCAGUGAUGUUAGGGAUGAAGCAGCAGCGAAUUGAAGUCCUUAUCAAAGAGCAGAUGCUUGUUAGCACAAUUCACAUACUCGAACAUGAUUUCAUCUCAGAGCGAUGGGAAGACAGAAUAUCUGGCCAUAUCAGCUAUAUCUUUUAUGCCAUCUCACUGAUUCAAAGUUCUGGUGCCGGACAAGAAUGCUGGAACUUUAAUUAUCAGGAAAGAAUAAGAUUGUUAAAGAAGACAAAGAACCAAUAGAAUUCUUUGCAUUGUUGCGUCCAUUGUAGCACUACCACAGUUAAGGAGAUUCUGAAAUCCAAUAGCUUGCAUCAUUUUCCCAUUUCUUCAAGUGGUGUAAUUUGCACUAGAACUUGGUCAGGCAUCAAAAGGAACUUCCCUUGAAAAAAUCUGUGAGGUUGAUGUUGGAGACUUUCUGUGUUUCAAAUCCUGUGUUCUUUUCACUCAACUUGAGAACCCCGAACAGCCUCUAAUCAACAUUGAAGUUGUUGCUCAUGUUACAAGGCCAGAGCUCAGGUCUAAUGUUGAAGAUUAGCACUUUCAAAGCAGGAAAGUGGCCACACUUGGUUAGCACUUUCAAAUAAGGUGUCCAAUAGAUUCUACUUCUCUUUCACUAUCCACCCAGAGUCUUAAGGCCACGAAGAAUGGAUUUAGACUUCGGAAUGUGGUUCCAGCAAAUGAAGAGGAAGCAUGCCGCAUUCUGGAGCACAUGGAUGCUGAGAGUUGGUUGUGAGAAAAAGGUGAAACAGGACAGUAGACAGUGAAGAGGAUGUCUCGUUGCAGAAAGUCAAAAGAGUAUCUUGAUCGCCGCAGCUCAUAAUUGCUAUGGAUGCUGCAUUUGGAAUGGAAUAUUUGCACUUGGAAUAUUGUGCAUUUUGAUUUGAAAUGUGACUAGUUGCUUGUGAACUUGAAAGAUCCCCUGUGACCCAUUUGCAAGGUUGGUGACUUUGGCCAGUUGAAAAUCUAGCAAAAUACUUUGGUCUUUGGUGGUGUAAAGGGGACCUUACCAAGGAUGGCACCAGAGCUGCUUAAUGGUAGCAGCAAUAAAGUUUCUGAAAAGAUUACAUGCUCCACUCUAAGCCAGUUGCUUGAUUCUGUUCUUGAACAGGAGGGUUUCCAGAUUGGUUCAGUAUGUGGAAAGAAAAAAAGGAAAGCAAUAAAGCUUCAUAAAUCUGACCUAUACAGUGAUGUUAUUCGCAAAGAUGUUAUUUUGCUACUAAAGAAAUACAUAGAGAAAACAACUCCUCCCAUGACCAUGCCAAGCAGCUCAUAGCAGCAACUGCUUCCUCUGCCCCCAGGAGACCCUAUUUUACAACAACAAUCACACCAACCAACUACGACCGUGGUUACCCUUAUCUGGUCAGCUUUUGCCUUCUCUUUUCCAUCUCAGGGUUUAUUUUUCUGUUUAAAUCAUAUCAAAGAUGAUAUAUAUUCACUGAGACAUGGCCUAAUUAAUAUUUGAGUUGGGUGGGGCAGAAUAUCCCCAGAGAAUUUUGGAGAUCAAAUGAUAUCAUAACUAAGGCAGCAUAAGCUCUCAGAGAUCCACUGAAUAGGUGGUGGCCAGUGAAACUUAGAUUACCAAGCGGGGGCAUCGGUUAAGCUGGGGAUGUGGUUGGCAUGAGUACUAUGAAUCCAAGAAGCUCAAGGUAGGAGAUCCUCUUCGUCUUUGAGCUCAAUCCCACCUCACCAGAAACUCCAAAUCCUGUUCUAGAUGUUUGAACCCUUCCUCCACAGAAGAAGAUACUACUUAUAUUUUGAUGGUUGAUUCUCCGUGAUUUUUUGUUUUUGGUUAUGAAUGUUUUUGAAUUUGGAAAAAAUGUGGUGUUUGCUCGAGCAGAUUCUCUGAUCUACCUUAUUAAUCAUUUCUUUGGCCGGUUUGUCUA